UUCAGGAAGAAGAAAUAAUGGCGACGCUUCUGGGGUCCGAGUCCCCCUGUAUUGGAGGAAAACGGAGACAUUGCAGCAGCAAUAUCGUCACGAAGAUCACAGCUAGUAAAAUCACUGGUCAGAGUUUCAGCCGAGGGACGCAGCUCCCAGGAGGCCUGCUCCAGGAGAGAGAUAAACGGGCUAAGUGGCAUGGCAUCCCUACUCUGUUGCAGAGGCUCUAUGAGAGCAGUCAUCCCAACAGUGACCUCUCCCAUGCCCACAGCUUUCUUAAGGUAUUAUCAUCGCAGCUCUCCAUGGAGGCCAUGUCUUUUGUCACGGAGGACAGGAAGACCGCUCAGGAAUCCACCUUCCCCAACACAUACACCUUUGACCUCUUUGGUGGAGUCGAUCUGCUUGUGGAGAUCUUGAUGAGACCCACAUUAACUAUGCAGAAGAAAAAACCCAAUAUGAAUGAUGACCUGGUCAAGGACUGCCUUAGUGUUCUCUACAACUGUUGUAUAUGUACGGAGGGCGUCACAAAAAGCCUGGCAGCAAGGGAUGACUUUGUUCUGUUUCUCUUCACCCUGAUGACAAACAAGAAGACCUUUCUACAGACUGCUACCCUAAUUGAAGAUAUUCUUGGAGUGAAAAAGGAGAUGAUCCAGUUAGAGGGCAUCCCCAACCUAUCGGGUCUGGUCCAAAGCUUUGACCAACAACAGCUAGCCAACUUCUGUCGCAUCCUUUCCGUCACCAUCUCAGAACCUGAUGUAGGAAACGACGACAAGCACACCCUGCUGGCCAAAAACGCACAGCAGAAACGCAAUGCUAGCCCCUCUCGUGCAGAGGUCAACCAGGUAACCCUGCUGAACAUCCCUGGCUUCAUUGAGCGACUGUGUAAGCUGGCCACCAGAAAGGUGUCAGAGGCCACAGGAGCUAACUUCCUGCAGGAGCUGGAGGACUGGUACACAUGGCUGGACAAUGCUCUGGUCCUGGACGCCCUCAUGCAGAUGGCUACUGAGGAGGCUGAACAAAGUACAGAGUCGUCGGAUGAGAGUUCCCUCGCCACCAGUCCUCUGAGACAUCGCCUGCCUCAGUCCAUGAAGAUUGUCCAUGAGAUCAUGUAUAAAGUGGAGGUGCUUUAUGUGCUGUGUGUCCUUCUUAUGGGCCGACAGAGGAACCAGGUCCACAAGAUGCUGGCUGAGUUCCGUCUCAUCCCGGGGCUCAAUAACCUGUUUGACAAGCUGAUCUGGAGGAAAUACACUGCCUCAAAUCAUGUGGUCCAUGGACAGAAUGAGAACUGCGACUGUAGUCCUGAAAUAUCCUUCAAAAUCCAGUUUUUGCGGCUACUUCAGAGUUUCAGUGAUCACCAUGAGAACAAAUACCUACUGCUGAACAGCCAGGAGCUGAAUGAACUUAGUGCCAUAUCCAUGAAGGCUAACAUCCCUGAGGUAGAAGCACUGGUCAACACAGACAGAAGCUUAGUGUGCGAUGGGAAGAAGGGCCUCCUCACACGCCUCCUCACGGUCAUGAAGAGGGAACCUCCAGACUCGUCAUUCAGAUUCUGGCAAGCAAGAGCAGUGGAAAGUUUUCUCAGAGGAGCCACCUCUUAUGCAGACCAAAUGUUCCUCUUGAAGAGGGGACUACUAGAGCACAUCCUGUUUUGCAUCAUAGACAGUGGCUGCACAUCUCGAGAUGUCCUACAGAGCUACUUUGAUCUGCUCGGAGAGCUCAUGAAGUUCAACAUUGAUGCCUUCAAAAGAUUCAACAAAUAUGUCAACACUCCAGAGAAGUUUCAGACCUUCCUGACGCAGAUCAACAGUUCCCUGGUGGACUCCAACAUGCUGGUGCGCUGCAUCGUCCUUUCAUUGGACCGCUUUGAGAGCCAGACCGAAGAUGUCAAAGUGGUGGAGGUACUCUCUGAAUGCUGUCUGCUGUCCUACAUGGCCAGAGUUGAGAACAGGCUUUCCUUCCUCUUCAGACUGAUCAACAUCAUCAACGUACAGACUCUCACACAGGAGAAUGUGAGCUGUUUAAACACCAGUUUGGUGAUCUUGAUGCUGGCCAGAAGAAAGGCUAAACUGCCCUUCUACCUCAAUGCCCUGCGAGAGAAGGAGUACGCUGAGAAGUACCCAGGCUGCCUGCUCAACAACUUCCACAACCUACUGCGCUUCUGGCAGCGCCACUACCUCAAUAAGGACAAAGACAGCACCUGUCUGGAGAAUAGCUCCUGUAUCCCCUUCAGCUACUGGAAGGAGACGGUGUCGGUGCUGCUGGGCUCGGACAGGACUUCUCUGUGUGCCAUAGCGAGCUACAUUGACGAGCCCUUCAUGGAUCUGGACAGAGACCUGCUGGAAGAUUGACCUCCAGUGUGUGCACUGGGUGUGCUGGGGGUGGGACAGGGCAAAGGAUCACAGGGAGCAUGGACACCUGAAGCUGGUGAUGACUCUUUGGAGCUAAGCCGUCCAGGCGCUUUUGUGACUGCGUUCUGGAUGUAAGACUCCUCCGUUUGCUGUCUGUCACACUGAGGCCGUCGUCACAGAUGUAAUGGGAUGUGAAUUUGCCUGGCUGUCAUCUUCUCUCUAAGUCCUCUUCUUCAAAGUAAGAGAGGGGCCGUGUUCGCCCACCCCGGUGCGCCCACAUCGUUCAACAGACAAUUUAAGGGACCUUGUGAAAUGACACCUGCAUUGGUUGUUUGCUUUAGGUGAAAUUCAAAUAGAGCCUUUUAUAUAACCUAUACAAAAUUCUAUGAAAAAAUAUGUAUGAUUCAACAAAGUAUAUGUUAGAAAAAAACGAUUCUUUUCACGCGGACUUGGUUUGGGAUAUGGCCACAUGGUAAAUCAUUGUGCAGGUCAGUGGUGCAUCACAGGGCUGCCAGGAGUCAGCGGCCUCACUCUCCCACUACCUAAAUACUCUCUGCUGACUCCGCUCCACUGCCUGACCUGUAGGGAAUUUUUUGCAGGGGUCUUCUAAACGGACAGCAUUUUGAUUUAACCCGUCUGUGGGUCUACUUUAUUAGGUGGCGAUUGUUGAUUGGUGCUUUCUGGCCCUACUCGACACAUUUAGGUAGCUUGUGGGCUGGCUGUUUCAAAAAUCACAUGGGGCUCCUCUCACCGAAAACCAUCUGCUCUCUUCGUGGCUUCAGAAGCUUCACCCAGGGACUUGUUUUCCUUAUUUUUUUGUUGAUUUACUUUUGACUUGUUGAAAAACAACAGCUUUUAGCUCUGGAUAAGACUGUAGAAUAAAACAUUGCACAGAUUAAAUUGUUUUAUUGUUUAUUAUAUUUUAACACAUUUGUUGAUUAAAAGCAUUUUUCAUUUUGUAACAGAAUUUGUAUCCAUGUCAUGAGAGAUGCUUUGGGAAGAGAAAAUAAACUAUGCAGGCGCUAGUGUUAUUAAGAUACCACUCUCAUUGUUCCAGUAGAAGUUGAAUUAGCCUUCUGCCAAACAUCAUCAGCAUCAGAUUGAAGGUUUUUGUCAAAAUCCCAGACUCCAUGCUGACACUGACAAUCUCUCUGUGUGACAGCUCUUUUUGCAAGGCACCACUUGAUCUUUACUCUGGAGAAAGAUGAUGCUGAUGAUGUGUCCACGGCCUGAGUGUGCAGCUGAAGGUGCGGAGCUAAACAGAUAUUCGUCUGAUAUUACUCAACCCCAAGAUAAGUACAAAAAGAUGAGCUACCUCAUAUUUUACCCUUACACAGAUCAAACCACUCCCAAUGACAAGUGUACAGUUUUACUCCCAGCAUGUCAUGGCUCAUAAUACAUGUUCAUGUGAAUGUAUAAGGGCAUUUCUACAGUUGGCCCCUGAUGCCAUGAGUUACUAGUGCUAUGCCGCCUUUUGGGAUGCAAACACAGACGUCCUUUACACUUUAAAAGCCUUUUAUUUGCUUUAAAGCUAAUUAACCAGAAAUGUGUUUUUGUUCUAGUUUUCAUUCAGCAUGUCUUAAAUUUCUCAAUGGGUGUUGCACAUACUCUGAAUUAGUUCAUCUUGUGCUUUGCAGUGACGUUAACACACUUUACAAGUGCUUCUCGCUUAGAAAUUCUCAGUUUCUUUGCCGGAUGGAUGCUCGAGAUAAUAGCUAUGAUAGUGUGAUUUGACACAGGGUACUUCUGCAGUGGUAUCACAUUCUUAGUACUAAGCGUGUGUUAUCAUUGACCCAAAUCUCCUCUCAUCACUCCAGUCAUCCAUCACGGAAGUCAAUCAGGCUAUCGGUUUAAAAACAUGAAUGUUGUGAGCGCUCUAUACACAAUCUGACUUCUGUAGCUUUGUGACUCUUUUUAGAGCGAGUGAUCCCUCUGUAUGAUGCACAAGAGAACUGGUUCUCAACACUUAAUGCUGUAUGUGGUGUGAUGCUCCUAGUAGGCCUUAGAUUUCAGUCCUUAGUUUGUAUAGAAAAUGGUGAAAUGUUAUCCCAUUGGCCAAGAACAUGCUGCACAGUGUUAAACAUAACACUAUUUGGUUUUUAUUUUAGAUCCCUUUUGACUUUUAUUAGCUGGAGAUUUAUGUGAUGUUUGGCAUGAUGAGGAUAUUAUUAGAUAUAUUUUGCAUCCACUCUUAAAUUCACAUUUAAGACUUAGACCAUGUGGUGCUUUUUUUUAAUCAAAUGAUUGUCUCACUUCACCAUGAUAGACAGCAACUACACUUUGAACAGCCUUUAAGAGAUGCUGACAGUGGAUCAUAUUCAUGGUGUAAAAUUUAAAUCCAUUUAAGAUAACAGCCCAUGAUUUUUUUCAUUUGUUGGCAUUAAAUAAUGCAUAAAAUUUCACACGAUUGUGUUUAAAAAUUCACCUCGGCACACUUCAGUCUUAAUAUCUUUAACCUUCUUUGACCAUCGAAAAGAAACUAAAUUCAUGUUUUAGUUUCACAUUCUACUAUAACGACUUGUGUAACUUUCAAUCACAUGUUCCUCCUCUAAUGCUGGUAUGAACUUAAUUUUCCUUAUUUAACAGCUGUUUGUCAAAUUAAUAAUAUAAUAAAUCUUUCUUUAGACCUUC